AUGAACCAGGGUCUGACGUAUGCCUACUCGUCAGAUCCACGCAGCAAUGCAAACGGUCAAAAUCAACAGGUAAUCAAUUGCUUCGUACUCGGAUCAUGGAGUAUCCGAUUAUAAUGAAAGAGAAAAUCCGCGAAUUUCAGAUCAACUCGAUGUCGUUUCAUCCGUCGUCGUACCAGGCGACCACGUACACGAACUCGACGACGGCUCCUUUCCAUUCUUCGACGACAGCCACCUUCAUCCCCGGAAACGUUAGCGUUAGUUCCGGGACAACUAGCUAGAAAAAAAAAGAUUUUCAGAUACAACAAGGACAGCAAAGAAGACUAGGCGCAGAUGACAAAAACCUGGUAACCACACAUUUUCGAGUUGAACUUGUAAUAUUUUUCAGGCGACCAUGCUUGACGCCUACUUUGUCGACAAUACCGCGCCUUCCACUUCUUCCUCUUGGAGCACACAACAAACUGUCCAGGUAUUUUUUCAGCGUGUUCUGAAUCUCAAUGCACACUGUCUUGUGUUUGGUUCGGCCCGAAACGCCUUGAGAGCCUAUCGUUCAACCUCUUCUUUCAAAUUUUCAGCUCAAUCUGCAUUUAUUCUCCUCGUAUUGUGCAUUCAUUAUCAUUAUCGUGAUGUUCAGAGUGUGCAAGUUCCGCAGCUGCAGCAGCCUCUGAAUACCUACCAGCAAGUCGUAGAGCCGCUGCUCAAGGUGUGUGUUGUGAUUGUCGAGCACUGACUACCUUGUGCUUUUUUAUCUCUUUCUUCUGUUGUUUUCUUUUUUUUUUUUUCAAUCCUUAAUUCCAUAGUUUUCUUAAGACUGUCAAGAUCGCAUGCUCUCCAGACAAGGCAGAGAAGGAGAGACAGAAGAAAGCGCGACAAGCCGAAGCCGCACGUAUGAGGUGAACAUUUCAUUUUCUUUUUUCAAAAUUAAACUUUUUCCUUCUUUUCUUCUGAAAAAAAAACAGUUCAGAAAGGUACGAGGACUUGUCGGAAAUUCUCUCUUUUUUCACAAUUUUCGAUUUUAGAUAUCACCGACUCACACCAGAAGAGAAACGCGAACUAAAUCUCAAGCGGACUCUAGCACAGAAACGAAAGCGACAACGCGAAAAGGAGAUGGAGGAGCUGGAGUCGAUUUUACGUGAAACUAACGACAUUCAGGUCUGAGUUCAAACGAGUUUCAAAAAAUAUUUCAGUUUAAAAAUUUUUGUGAUCAAACUGAUGGAGCUUUAUAACUAGGAUUUUCAGAGUAACUUAUUCUGAAGAAAAUAUCAAGAAAGAAACUAAAAAAAAAACAGUGGAUUCAUUCGAGAGUUUCCAGAGCCACUUUGACUUUAUUUCUAGAAAACAAUAUCUUGUAGGAAGAUCCUGAUAUAACAGAGCAGCUACGCGAGAAGCGAAUGAGAGCCAAAUGGGCAGAAGCUGCGCGAACGCGGUACGCCCGCAUGACUCCCGAAGAACGCCGCGCUCACAACAACCGACGUCGUAUGCGGCAGAUGCAGAACGCCCUGGCAGCCAUCAAGGUGUGUCCUCUGAAAGCACGGGGCAGAUAGUAAAGCACGCAGAAACUCCGAAGUUUCUCAGAGAAACGUUUUGAAAAAGUUUUGCUUCCUUGAGAUAUCAUUAUUAGUCGAAUUUGAAAAACCCCUUACACCACUUUUAAACGAGGUGCAAUAUGAUCGUCGAAAUAUUGAUAUAUCUUCAUCUAGAAUGCUAAAAAAUGUUUGAGUAAAUUCAAAUAAGUUCGAAAUCGUAAAGUAGAAUGAGUUUCUCUUUCAGCUGAAGAUUCAUCAUUUGAUAGUCUGAAGAAAAAAAACGAUUUAGCCCAUUUGGCUCCAAUUUUGACGUCAAUGUGACCACACGCACAACCGACUCGAGAAAUAAUUUUUAGUUUUUUUUUUUACGUUCUCGAAUACGUACAUGAGCAAACCAAUCGACGUUGUCAUCUUUUCUAAAUUCGUAUUUUUUUAAGUAAUUAGCACGUCAAUCGUAUUUUGAAAACACAAAAAAACCUAUAAAAAAAUCGGAAAGUUAUUCGGAUAAGGAAUUAUUUUGUCCGAGAAAAUAUGUAAAAACCGGAUAUUAUUAGAACUCUUUUUUUUCUCGAAUAGUUUCUCCAUUUGCCACUUGAGAUCUGCCCAGACUGUUUCGCCAAGAACCUAAGACAUGAUAAUAUUUCAAUGAUCUUUCCUUUUAUUUAGAAGGAUUAUUUACUUCGAAUUUUGUGAAACUGGAAGAAUAAUGAGGGCAUGCGUGAAAAUCGUGAAAGGGGAGUUGAUUUUGCAGUCGGAACGGCAGUUGGAUUCUGCUGGCCACGUUGGUGGCGACGUACAAGGGAUCGGCAGUGAAGACUCACUGCUGCUGGGCGACCCUCUCGAUCCCAACAGAAGAAUGGCCAAGGUGCGAGAAUCGUUUGUGAGAACAUCAUUCUUUGGUUUUCUCUUUUCUCCUCCUUGGAUCAAAAAAUAAUGUAAAAAGCUAUCACUUUCUUUUGUCUCUUUAAGUUAGUCGUGUUGUGCGUGUGUCUCAUAACUUUCACAUUUUCUGUAAGAAAUUGGAUCCCAGUUGCACUCUUUAAUGUACGUUUCGGCACCUUGUAGUUAGACGAGAUUAAUCUAUUGCUCAUCUUAGGUUUAUUGCGAGAAAACGGGAAGCGAGUCACUUGAUGCCCGUGGUUCAUUAGAAAUAUUGAAAAGCUUACUUCUUGGGUUUCUGAGUAAAAUUUUGCACUGGGUCGAGUACCUCUGAAUUUGAAAAAAAAAGUAAACGGGAAUAUUGGAUUGACAGGUGACCGGCGUCACAACGGGAGAUCCUAUCAAAGAUGAAGAAGCCGUCCGGCAGCACAUCAAGCAGCAGAACGCCAAGAAAGCCGAAGCCGCACGACAGAGGCAUGUUAUCUUCGAAAACGGAAAUAAUCCCAGGUUUCAUUCAGAUAUCACAGAAUGUCCGACGAGGAGAAACGAGUCUACAACCAGCGGAGAACGGAAGCUUUCAGGUAUAACUAUUUUGCACAACAGCUUUCUGCGUUUUUAGAGAGCACAGUAAAAUUUUGAAAGUUUUCGAAAAAAAAGUAUACUAAAAUAUAAAGCUUACAAGGGAGAUCAUCUUUUUUUGCGGUUGGGAAUUUCCAUUUCUUGGAAUUUGGCUAGAUUAUUUCCUACUGUAAUUUUGAAAGAUCCUGAUAGUCUCAACCUGAAAAACUUCCUAGUUUGCGAGAAAUAAUAGCGGAAAGUCUAAAAAUGGCUUAUUUGGAAAGGUUUCGAGAUUGUCGUCGAUUUUGGGGCAGAUUGAGACUUUCAGGGUCAUCAUCUGGUACAUUAGGAAGUGUCGCGGUCAAAUUUUAGGAAUUUCCAAUCCCCAAAGUAAAAUGACCUCACGUGUUAGUCGAAAGAGAUUUCGACAAUUUUGAACAACCCACCAAGGUUGCUUGAAAGGCUAUUAGUUUUUUGGAGAGUUUUCUACAGAAAGAUACUCAUUUCCAGUUAUUCCACAUAAUUUGAUUGUUUCAGUACUUUUAUUUUUUAUCUUGUUCCAUUUUCAUAAAGAACAUUCAGGAGAAUAGUUUAAAAGAAAAUUAAACUUUCAGUCCAUAAAAAAAAUGUUUUUAAAAGAAAGGAUUUCAAGCCAAACUACUCAUUGAAAGUUCAUUGAAAAAUACUUAAUUUCUGCGUUUGAGGAAAUGCUUUUGAGGCACGUCAUAAAACCGAAAAUUUUAAAGUUUGAAGGGACGUUUAAGCCUACUGAAAAAGAGAAACGCCUGUUCAGUGGGAUGAAAACAAAAGUUGACGCUUUGUUGUUCAAUAAGAGAUUUUCUAGUUUUCUGACUUGAAAUUAUUUUUUAGGGAGCUGAAAUAUCAUAUUUGGAAGGGAAAGACGUCAAAAUUGCCAUAAGAGCUCCUAUGGUCAUCAGCUUCUUAGUAUAUCGAAGAAGAUUUUUGCAGACGGCGGCGCAUGGAGGAAGAGAUGUUGCUGGCGAUGCCAAUAGGUCGCAUCAACGGCGAAGCUUUGGACAGGGCCCAGCAGAUCGUCGUGAGGAACGCGAAGCGCGCAGAGGCCGCACGUCUCCGGUAUCAGCGAAUGACGCCUGACCAGCGCAAGGUGAAAAUCGAAAUUCCUCAGAUUUUUCCCGAUCAAGACUGCAUGCAAACAAGCUGGCUUUCAAACAAGUUGUCUCAAAAGUGUUUUGCAGCGGUUUUGGCGUCUUGAUGGAAAGAAGCUCAAUUUGUGUUCUUCGGUUGAAUGUUGUUUAGUUACAGUCCUACAAUCAAAAGCGCUACACGCCGAAGAGGCGGCGCGGCGACGGCGACACGGCCAGCCAGAACGGCCUCGACAGCAGCAACGCCUCCAGCACUGGGAUUCCGACAGGACCUUCGUCGGCCAAGAAAGACGACCUCGACGCCCUUUCGACGCUCGAACGCGACGUCCUCAAGAGGACACAGCAGGCGCAGCAGGCCAUUCUUCGACAGCAACGAACUAACGCUAUCCAGGUCCGCACAAUCCGAUUUCAUAGAGCUUUCUUGGAGCAAAUGUAAACGAAAGUGAAGUAACUGCGAAAGUUACAAAGGAGUAUCACUUGAGAGGUAUAAAUUCCACUGUUUGGAAAAAAUGGUCGUUCACGUCGGAGAAUCAAAUUUUCAUCAGCUUUUUAUACAGAGUUAUUUUUAAUCAAGAACGUUGUAUCCGGAAAAAAAGAGGAGAAAUUAUACUAGGUGGAAUGAAUGAUAUGUUAGUAGUUGAAAGCGAGCAUUUCAAUUAUGGAAUAUUUUUAGCCGAGUUUCCUAAGAUUCUUCCUAAAAAACAUACUAGGUGAAAAAUUAUGUUUGAAACAAAGCCACAUACCUUUUUCUGUCGCCAUUGAAAGUUAUGCGUUUUCUAAUAUUCAGUUCGAUUUGAAGGCUUUAAAGUUCUCUGAGCGUGCUGUUUCUCAGAUAUGAUUUUUUACAGGAAGUGGCUCGAGCGGUCUCACCAAGCAGCCAAACGUACAUAUUGCAGCCGACGAACGGGCAGUCGCAUUUGGGCGGCCAACAGGUAACUCAGCGCUCACCUCGGACUCCUACCGUCUCUUUUCAGUUCCAACUGCAGCUCGGCUCGAACGGAAUCGGCCACCAGCAGGUCGUUCAUUCGGUGCACCAGCUUCCAGUCUCUCACCAAGUUUCGGCCAGCAGCCUCGACCAGAAAUACGACCUCGGGCAGCAGAUCUACACGGCCGGCGGCAUGAUGAUUUCUGGCCAGCAGCACUCUCAGCAGGCCCCGCAGCAGAUCCUCAAUCCCUAUGGACAGCAAGGCCGUGCCUAA